AUGGCGAAAGAAUGCUCGGACGCAUCUAAGAAAGUUCAAGCCGAGGUGAAGAAAUAUUCAAGGAAAAAAGGAGGAAGACUCGAGGCAGCGAAGUUGGGCUUUAAGAAGAUUUGGAACAAGAGAGACUUGGAGAAGGUUGAAAAGGUGCUGAAGGAAUGCCAGGCUGCGAUGGAGAAUCGAAUUCUGGUCCGAAUAUGGUAAGUUGCUCGGUUUUUUGUUCUUCAUAAGUAUCUCUAGAACAAUUACAACAUUCUCGCGAACCCCUCCUCCCCCCCGGAAACGUCCGUUCUCUAUUCAUCCCCUGAAGAGGGCUCUCGCUAAUAGAUUGCAGUACCAAGCAAGAUGCUCUUUCGUUGAUCAACGAUCAAAACUUUCAAGACCUCGAUAAGACACUCAGAACCUUCAUCCAGCAACGCAGUCUUGACCAUACCAAGUUGGAAGAUCUCAUUAAUACCAAAAUCGUUUCUGUGAAAGAGACCGUAGUUCAACAACGGGAGAUUGUUGAGCAACACACGGUACGAAAACAUAUGGACACACAAAACCUGGUACAUGAUGAGAGUAACAAGACGAGACAGCAAUUUCUGGAUACAGCGGCAGUGCAAAUCGAUCGAAUGCAGAGAGAGAAGCUCUUGGGUAGUUUGAACUUCAGUCGUCGUAAUGAGCGUUUGAAUAAUAUCAAAGAAGCCCAUUAUGAGUCUUUCGAAUGGCUUUUUGGAACAUCCAACAAUUCUGACACGAGCGGGACUUCUAGCGACUCUACAUAUGAUACCACGAAAGAGGGUUUGGUUGUCGUGGGUCAGAUUUGGAACGGCGAGAACAUAUACGGCCAAGGUGACGAUGAUUGGGUUCUAGAAAAUCUCGUGGAAGAAACAAGACGUAUAGCCUGGGCCAGCUUCAGUAGUUGGCUGGAAUCCGACGAUCAAAUUUAUUGGAUAGGCGGCAAAGCUGGAGCUGGCAAAAGCACCCUCAUGCGUUUUCUACAUUCGAACCCAAAAACCCCAAGUCUACUCGAUAACGAGCGAAGGUUUAACACAAUCUUACUCUGGCAUUUCUUUUACCUGA